GACUAAAACAUUGCUGUUCUUGUUUUAGGAAGCUGGAAGUGAAGGCGUGUGCUCGGUGUUUGUGUUAUUAUUUCCUGUAGCUAUAUGUCUUUAAUUCCUCCCGUCCCGUUUCCUUGGCUGAGUUCCUGUGGAAGUGUGUGUGUCUGUGUGUCUGUGUGUGUGUGUGAGAGAGAGAGUGUGUGGUAGUAGCGGCAGCGGCACGGGCAGCAGAAGUCUCCUGAAACGGCGGUAAAUUCGCUUCUAAAGGCCACAUAGAGGAAAUUUUCGGGGCUUAAAACUACAGUGUGUCGCUUCUGGUGGAUUUCUGACUGCGCUUCUUAGCGGUAAGUUUUCAAAGGGUUAAGUGAAGAGAAGAGAAACAGAUGUCUCCUGGCUGAGGUGUCUGUGCGUGUGCAGGAGGCCCUGUGAUUUCUGCUUGGACACGUCCAGACUCGCUGCCUCUUCAAGAGAAGACGCCAGGUUUCAGAGAGAAACGGGGGAGGAGAAGAUCUGCUUCAGGAGGACAAACUGAUACACGAUUCAUUCAGAGGCUGACAGUCAGCCAGGAAACCAAGGAGGGGAUGUAUUCUGCUCAAAGCUGACGAACAGUUCCUCUUUCGGCCUUUAGCUGCACAGCCUGAGACAACGAAAGCUCUUGAGCAAGAAAAAAGUAAGAAGUGGUCGAGAUGGCAUCGCAGGAAGGGGAGGAGCCAAAUGGUAAAAGUGGCCAGUCGGACAGUAGGCUAAAGAACAAGAAGCCGCCCAGCCUGGUGAUCGCCAUUCCUCCAUCUGAGGAUGAGGAGAGCUCGACAGCACCAACCAGACAGUUUUUGCGGCCAUCGCUAAAAAAGAGUGUGAGUAUGCAGCAGUCGAAUGAGGCACUGUCAGACAGCGGGGCUAAUGAGAGAAGAGCAGCAUUCUCCAGACAGACGUCCCUCUCUCAGAGCAUCCGCAGGAGUACAGCUCAGUGGUUUGGAGUGGGCAGUGACUGUGAGAGUAAGCAGCAGGUGUGGCACAGGAAGAGCCUGCGGCACUGCAGUCAGCGCUACGGCCGACUAAAAGCUCAGUACAGAGAGAGCCAUGAGGCAGCCAGCGUGGAUCAGCAGGCCCUCGACUCACCGGGUGCUUUUAGAAUGCCAAAGAUUGUGGACCCCCUGGCACGUGGCCGCCAGUUUCGACACGAUGAUGCUGAGCGGCCCCGGACCCCCCAUACCGCUCACCCUGUCCCCCCACCCCCCCUGACCCCAGGCGUGACCUCCAUCUGCUCCUUUACAAGCCAGCAAUCUGGGCACACUCGUUUUCCACGGAGAAAGAGAGAAUCUGUGGCUCGCAUGAGCAUCCGUGCAGCCUCCAACCUGCUCAGGGGUCGUCCCGGGCUGCAGGGAGCACACACGUUUCGGAGUGUCCCGCGCAAGAGUUUCGUUCGGCCCAGUUGGAGGGAGGAGGAUACAGCAGACACAGCAGACACAGCUGACACCUCUGACUCAGUCUUCUUCAGCAAGAUGGAUGCACAUGAGGAACUGUAUUCUAUGGCUGAUGAUGUGUUUGAGUCUCCGCCCCUCUCUGCCUCGUGGGCCACAGAUGGUGCUCCAGAGGAGCCGCCACGCUACCCCAGCAUUAAAGACAUCAGCAAAGCUCCAGCAGCCGCUGUAGAAAAAGAUGACACUCGUCGGGGAGGUCGGAUCGCGUCUCGGGUGAAACACUUUGCCUUCGAUAAACACAAGCGGCAGUACGGGAUGGGUGUUGUGGGAAAGUGGCUGGACCGUAACUACCGGCGAAGCCUGAGCAGCCAGAUCCAAAAACAGCUGGAUGACUUCCACAGCCACAGGCCUUACUUUACCUACUGGAUCACGUUUGUGCACAUUGUCAUCACCCUGCUGGCCUGCGGCACAUACGGAUUUGCCCCUGUCGGCUUUGCCCAGCACUCAGUCACUCAACUGGUUCUGAGGAAUAAAGGGAUCUAUGAGAGUGUAAAAUAUGUUCAGCAGCAGAACUUCUGGAUCGGUCCGGGAUCUGAAGAUUUGAUCCACCUGGGGGCAAAGUUUUCCCCCUGCCUCCGAAAAGAUGAGCAGAUAGCGGAGCUGAGACGGAAAGCCAAAGAUCAAGAAAGAAUGUCUGGAUGCUGCGUUCAGAACGACAACUCCGGAUGUGUUCAGACGCUCCCAGAGGACUGCUCGGAAACUUUGGCCACUUUCAUCAAAUGGAAUAAUGAGGAAGUGGACUUCCGUCGGUCUUCGGGUGCAGUGUGCCAUCAGGACCCCAGGACGUGUGAAGAGCCUGCAUCAGCUGAGCCUCAUGUUUGGCCUGAUGACAUCACGGAGUGGCCGAUCUGCACUGAGCCACGGACGUGGAACCACACAGGGUAUCGGCACAUGGACUGCACCAUCAGGGGUCGACCGUGCUGUAUAGGAACCAAAGGGAGGUGCGAGAUCGCCACACGUGAAUACUGUGAUUUCAUGCACGGCUACUUCCAUGAAGAGGCCACACUCUGCUCUCAGGUUCACUGUCUGGAUGAAGUUUGUGGGCUGCUUCCGUUCCUAAACCCAGACAUUCCAGAUCAGUUCUACAGGCUGUGGCUCUCACUCUUCCUGCAUGCAGGCCUCCUGCACUGCCUGGUGUCCGUAGUCUUUCAGAUGACCAUUCUGAGAGACCUGGAGAAGCUGGCCGGCUGGGUACGGAUUUCCAUCAUCUACAUCUUUAGCGGCAUUACAGGGAACUUGGCCAGCGCCCUUUUCCUGCCCUACAGAGCAGAGGUGGGUCCAGCGGGCUCCCAGUUCGGCCUGCUAGCGUGUUUGUUCGUGGAGCUGUUCCAGGGCUGGCAGGUGUUGGAGAAACCGUGGAAAGCCUUCCUCAAGCUGCUCGGCAUCGUCCUCUUCCUCUUCUUCUGUGGCCUGCUGCCGUGGAUAGACAACAUCGCCCACAUCUUCGGCUUCCUCAGCGGCCUGCUGCUCUCCUUCGCCUUCCUGCCUUAUGUUACCUUCGGCACCUUCGACAAGUACCGCAAGCGGGUGCUCAUCAUCCUCUCAUUGAUUGUCUAUGUGGGCUUAUUCUCCUCGCUCAUCGUCUGGUUCUACAUCUACCCCAUCAACUGGUACUGGCUGGAGCAUCUCACCUGUCUCCCAUUUACCAGCAAGUUCUGUGAGCGAUACGACAUUGACCAUGUGGUGCACUAGCGUAGUAGCAGCUGUGCUAAUGAGAAGCUUCCAGGUGCCAUGUAGAUACCAGAGUCCUGAGAAAGGACAUCAGGAGAACUGGCUUUUGGAAGUGAGCAUCCUGAAGAAAAACAUCAGGGAAGAGGAACUAUAUCUUGUGGGUUCUAGUAGGUCUGUUGACCUAUGAGUUGGUUCUUUUAAGGCAUUAUCGUGUCAUUUUUGUUGGCACUCCAAGUGCCAAAGACUGAGAUUUGCAAAAUGCCUUUCUCUGCAGGUACAAUACAUGAAAAAUAAUUAAUGUCAAACACUAAUCUCUAAAUCCGUUCAAACACUUGCUUUAAAUUAACCUAAUUUUUAAUAGAGUGGACAUGAGUGUCAGGUUAAUGUUUAAAUAACUUUAUUGCACUAACAGAUAACUUUGCUGCCUUUCACUAAACCUUUAAUCAUGGCAAACAUGUAGGAAAAUCAUCAGUGGUUUGGUAGUUUCUAAAGAACUUAUGGAAUUUGAUUGAUGUCAAGGUUUUGGCCUCAAAAUUGUUUUUGAGAUCUAUCCAUAGAUGGCGCUGUUAAACAAUAUAGUCUGCAAAGAAACUUUAUGCAGGUUCAGACCUGGCAUUGGAUAGCAAAUUAAAGAGACUCUCUUCCCAAAUGGCGGCACGAUCUUUGGGAAAUUUGCCAGAUUCAAGCUAAGGCCUGACUUUGCUCUCAAUUGGUGGGUAGGAUGGCUUUCCCUCUCCCCCUCCCAAUUACACAGUGCAGUACUAACCAAUGUGGGCAUGUGUAAGUGGACGUUAGUGCAGAACAGGCAGUUAGUGUUCUCCUCAAAGCAUGUUGAGCUGUCCAGUGAAGGGUAGCUUGCUUUGUGUGACUUGAAGGAAUCAUAUGCUAGCUUCACCCUCCCCAUUAAAUCUUUAAUAGGACUUUGAUCUAACUAAAAUGGUUCUGUGGUUUAAAGUCUCUGUACCACUAUCAUCCUGAGAGAGCAUGAUUGGGCUUGCUUUUUCAGCGGUGGGUAGAUGGCGCUCUCUUCCCACAUCACCUCUAACAUGAUAUCGGUCACUUGCAACACUUGCUUCCAUUCACUCUAAAUUACUUUCUUCUAAAUCUUAACAACGGAAUUAUACUUCUGAAAUACAGACAUUUUCAUAAAUAUGUGGCAUUUUCCUUAAAUGCUUUAUAAUGCCGUCCUUUGUGUUCACAUUGUAACAUUCACAACACGUCAUACUUUUUUUUUAUAUUUUAAGUGUUCCUCCAAGUCCGCCUUCGUGUUUGGCCGUGCCACGAAGACACCUUAAAUGAACUGGAAGACUUGAGCCAUAUACUGUAUGUGUACAUGUUUGACUUUUUUAUUUUUUGUUUUUGUUUUUUUUUAUUAAUUGGUGGAACUUGAGCUGUUUGUGUGUCCCUUUAUCUUAUUCAGUAAUACCAGCUAUCACAGUGGCCUAGUCUGCUUCAAACGUGCCUUGAUAAGCAAAUCUAAUGCCCUUCUGCAACACUGUAUAUAACCUUUUACACAGAGUAUAAUUGCGGAACCUUACUUUGUAUAAAAAAAAAGCAGAGAGGACCUCCAGAGGUCUCAUCAAUGUCCACUCUUUUAGUUUCUCUGCUCAUUGUCUGCAUACUGCUCUCUUUUUACUGCUCACUUAAAUUUUCCUCCUCCACACAAGUGCUCAUUAGCGAGGGAAGCUAUAGUUCAUGAUUCUUUUUGACAUCAAAGAUGCUCCUAGACAUACUUCGAAAAUGGCUUCAUAAUGUGGUUUUCAACUCUGUUCUGCCAGAGAUUUCAGUUUAUUUACCAACCUGUAUUUUUAUGGUCCGUGUGUUGAUCAGAUUAUAAGCUUCUGUUAGUUUUGAGCUCAGUGUGAAACAAUAUCAAUAAUAUACCGACUGGUCACUUCAUUAAUACCACAUUCUUGUUUCUACACUCAUUAUUCACACUAUUAGCUUCACUUAUCAGCCACAGCAGUGCCGCUGGAGUUUUUAAACACCUUAGUGUCACUGCUGGAAUGAGAAUAAUCCACUAACUGAAAAUAUCCAGCCACCAGCGUUCUGUGACCACUGAUGAAGGACUAGAUAGAGGAUGACCAACACAAACUAUGCAGCAACAGAUUGAGAGCUUCUGUCUCUGACUUUACAUCUACAAGGUAGAACAGCUUUUGGUAGGAGGGUGUAACAGAGUGGAGGACAAUGAGUGAUUAAACAUAGUGUUUAAAAACUCCAGCAGCGCUGCUGUCUGUUCCACUGUUACCAGCACAACACACACUAACACCUCAUACACCACCACCAUGUAAGUACAGUCACUGCAGUGCUAAGAAGUAAAAAAUAGAACUGCAUAAUUCUUCUAUACGUCAAAUAUAGAUGACAAAAUGAACAAAGAAUGUAGAAACAAGGAUGUGUUUUAAAUGGAACGGUCUAUCAGUGUGUACCAAAACUCGUCCGAAAAAAAUCAGACUCUGUGUGAAAAGGCCUGUACUCUGUCCUUUUUGGUUUGUUCACACUAUAUUAUAGAACACUCUGAAACACUGUUCUCCUCCUGUGGGCCAGCACUCUGCGCUGGAGAUUAGAAGUAAAACUUCCUCUGUAUGUGUCCGGCUUACGGAGAGAGAAAAGCGAUGACUGACUGUGAAAAGGAUUACAGUCUUAUUGAGAUGAACUGAGAAUAGGAGGCUUUGAUUAGUCAUGUUCAGUCACCAGCUCCUAAAUCUGCAGUAAAGCUGGUUUACAGUCCAUCGUUCGAUGUGUCCGUCUCCGACGCAGCCCUCCAGGCAGCAUGGAAACAUUAGUCUAUAGGAUUAGUCUAUAAACGAAGCACGGAACAUUGUUCAGGUUUAUAGAUUUGCAUCGUGUGAAAGAUUGUGAAAGAGAAUGUAUCUUUUUUUAAUGCAGUUGAUUAUUAUUGUAAUUAUUACCAUCAUUUAUUAUUGAUGUUUUUUUGUGCUUAUGCUACUUUUGUACAUGUUUAAACCAUAACGUGCCAUUAUUCUGUUGGAGAAUAGGAAAUGUUCUACGUUUACGGACAGCAGUGCUCUGUGCCUUAAAUCAAUUAAAAGGGAAUUGUGGUCAUGUC